UGUAAAAAUGAUUUAAUGAGAUAACGCUCGCAUAAUAAAUAUAAGCCGCUGCAGCGACCGAUCGCGACAGUAGUUUUGCUACAAACUUGGAUAACGGAUCAUGAUGAUGUAUUACAAUUUUAUAAUACUUAUCGUAGUAUCUAUUGCUGGAUCCUCCGGCCUACCGUCGGUUUCUUUAAAUACCUACCCGAUCACUGAUUUCGAUGAAUUAAUAAUUGAUAAGAAACUCUCCGUAAAGUGCGGAAAUACAGAUUACAUAAAUUUGUCUAAAAGCCAAUUAUAUGAAAUACCAAAAGAUUUAGUAAAGAGUGACACAAUAAAAUCUAUCUUUUUAAGAGAAAACAAGAUCUCAGAGGUACAUAAAGAUGUAUUUAAAAACGCACCGAAUUUAGAAUGCGUGGACUUGACACAAAACAGAAUUAUGCUGAACCAGUUAAAAAUCCAGCACGACCGUUUGAAAACUUUGAUAUUAGACAAUCAACAGUCUUCAGAAACAGUGGAUAUGUCAUCGAACGAGAUAGACUAUUUGGUCGAUUCCAAAGCUGCCCUGCCCAAUUUACGGACUCUAUCGCUCAGGGGAGCAAGUGACAUUUCGGAACACAAUCUAAAUUUUCUUGUGAAUGCUGUACCUAAUUUGGAAAUUAUUUACUUGUCAGGGAGCAAUUUACGGUUCAAUCACAAUAUAUCAGCAUAUUUCCCUCGCUUAAAACGAGUAUAUUUAGAUCACACUAAGUCGGAUUUUAUCUCCAUCGACAAUUACGGAUCUGUCGAAGAAUUAUAUUUAGACAACAUUUCUUUUAGAUACUUCUUUUUAGACUCACAAGUGACAACUUUGAAAACACUUUCACUAUCAAACUGUUCUCUUUCUCACCCUACGAAAUUUAGUUUACCGUUGUUAAAAUCUUUAGAUUUAUCGCGUAAUGAAUUUUCGAAUAUAAACGCAGAUUUAUUCCAAAAUAUGUCGAAUUUGGAAAAUUUAAAUUUGGGAUAUAAUCAGCUCCAAGAAGUGCCGUAUUUAGUCUAUUUAAACCACCUGAAACAGCUGUCAUUGAAUUAUAAUUAUAUAACUGAAUUUAUAAAUAUGAACAUGCCGAAUUCCUUAAGGGUGUUGAGUCUAAAAGGAAACGGAAUUACUACUAUUGAUAAACUGGCUUUUUCAAAUCUGUAUCAACUUCAAGCGUUAGAUUUGUCAGAAAAUCAAAUUCAAUCGUUACCUGACGGAUGGGACGAGAGCUUACAGAUGUUAGGACAUCUAAAUUUGCGAAUGAACAAGUUCCUUAAUAUACAAAGUAUGAUGAUAAAGUACCUACCGAACUUAGAAGAAUUCUAUGUAAAAGGUAACAAUUUUGACUCGAUAGACGCUAACAGUCUACAGCAGUUACCGAAUAAAUGUAUUGUGUACACAUUUUAAGCGCUAUUCUUCGUGAUACGAACGUGAUAAAAACCAUUGUAUUAUAUAUAAUUUUUUACUGUAUUUCAUUUGAUUAUAUGUAUGUUAUAUGACGACGUUUGUGAACGAGUAAUUUUGAUAAAAUAAACUGUGUACGGAGAUCAGUGUGCAACAAG